GAUGCUGCAGAGAGAAAGAAAGAAAUCGGUAGGCAUAUUUGUGUGCGACGAACCUCACCAAACCAUUGCGCACUCAGCUUCUUUUCCUGUGCUUGCCGCCUCGGCCCGCUCUCCUUCGCCUUCGUGCGACUCAAGAAGUUCGAUUCCGGUCGCUGCUGUGUACAUUUGCAAGUGUAGCGCAGUGCCUGUCGGAUUCUGUUCUCUGUAAGGUUCCAUUUCAAGCAUUAGAGAUUGAGAUUCUCAAAUGUCUGGUUUGCCAAUUGCACAAUUUGUCAGAGGUCCUGCUCCAAGAGCAAAACUAGAUCAUGGAUGCAAGAAGCAUACAAGUGGCAACAGUACAUUACUGUGCUCAAAUGGAUCGAUGGAAAGAAUCAGGGAGCAUUUGCUGAAGAGUGAACUUUCAGCUUCAUCUUAUGACACUGCAUGGGUAGCAAUGGUCCCUUCUCCGAUGUCUCCUCAGCGUCCAUGUUUCCCACAAUGUCUGAAUUGGAUAUUAGACAAUCAACAUCCUGAUGGCUCAUGGGGACUUCAUCAUUUCCAUCCCUCUCUUAUUAAUGAUGGUCUGUCUUCCACUUUGGCAUGUAUACUUGCACUCGAGCGAUGGAAAUCUGGUCAAGAACAUGUUAGGAGAGGUCUCAGCUUUAUUGAAAGUAACUUUUCUCGCAUUGUCGAUGAGCAAUUGCAUUCUCCUAUUGGCUUUGAUAUUAUAUUUCCCGGUAUGCUCGAAUAUGCCCUCAACAUUGGUUUAGAAAUUCCCAUCGACCAAAGUGACAUAAAUAACAUGCUUUGCAAGCGAGAUGCAGAACUACAAAGAGAACAAGGAAACAAUUGUGAGGGACAAAAAGCCUAUUUAGCAUAUGUUGCAGAAGGAUUGGGGAAUAUAUUGGACUGGAGAGAAAUUAUGAAAUAUCAAAGGGAAAAUGGAUCACUAUUCAAUUCACCAUCCACAACUGCUGCUGCACUGAUGCAUAUUUAUGAUGCUAAAGCUCUCGAGUAUUUGCGUUCUCUUCUAUCGAGGUUUGGCUGUUCAGUUCCUACUUCAUAUCCUGUAGAUGUGCAUAUACAUCUUUGCAUGAUUGAUGACAUUGAAAGGUUGGGAGUCGCUCGACAUUUUAGUCGCGAGAUAAAGAGUAUUUUGGACAGAAUAUAUAGAUGCUGGUUGCUCAACGAUGAAGAAAUUAGUUCAGACAUGGCCACAUGUGCCAUGGCUUUUCGUCUUUUACGAAUGAAUGGAUAUGAUGUAUCCUCAGAUUGCUUUACCAAGUUCAAUGCCUAUUGUCAUCUUUGUGAAACCCCCGUAUUUGUGAUUUUAUCCGACAUGCUGAGGAACAGGAUGACCAUUAGAGAAGGCAAGGAAGGAAAGUUGAACAGCGUGUCACUACGUAUUCUUCACAGUCAUGGUUCGGCUUCGGAAGAAGAGGUGAAGAAAGAGAUGCAAAGGGCCAUCGACGGGAGUAGGACUGAGCUCUUGAGGCUGGUGCUGCAACGAGAUGGAAGUGUCGUCCCAAGGCCUUGCAAGGAUCUCUUUUGGAAGAUGUGCAGGAUCCUGCAUGUCUUCUACAUGAAGACCGAUGGAUUUACUUCGCCAAACGAGAUGCUUGGCGCUGUGAAUUCAGUCAUUCAUGAACCACUAAAGGUCAGCCAUAAAUAAUCGAAUUCUUGGGGAAUAAGUGGAGGCGUUUGAUUGUUUUUUAUAAGUUAAACUGAAAUUGAUGAGUUUAUGGCAAUAAAUGAUUAUUAGGUUUCU